AUGCAUCUUUCACCUUGGGCCUUUGCCACUUUCAUUACUGCUGCUACCGCGGCUACUCUCAAGGUCAACUACUAUUCCGACGGCGGCUGCUCCAAAUACAUGACCUCGAUCACUCCCGGCACCGGUAAUUCUUGCAUCGACUACGUAUGGGACGGUUCAAACAGCAUAAAUAUCGCCGACUGCACGUUUCCGAAUGGAAAGUGCGUCUGCACCUUUUACGUCCAGCCGCACUGUAAUGGCGCCUCCCACACUCUUGUCUACGGUGGAGACAAUUGUGCUUCGAACUGGGGCCGCGGAUUCUAUUCCAUGAAGUGCCAUAUUGAGCACGGCCUCUGA